GGUCGAGACGUCGCCGGAGAACCUUUGUCCGGCCAUCGGUUUGUCCGGCUAAUGCUGUAACCGGCCACUUCUUCAAGAUCAUACUUCCCGGAACGAUUCAUACCCAAACCAUGAGAAUCCCAAACGAGUUUGUAAGAAGAUUUGAGAAUGGACUGUCUAGUGAGGCAACAAUUGGUGUUCCAGAUGGUCUUGCUUGGAAAAUGGAACUGGAGAAAUCGGAAAACGAGGUUUGCUUCUGCAAAGGUUGGCAGGAGUUUGUGAAAUACUACUCUAUUAGUUUUGGCUUCUUUCUUGUGUUUAAGUAUGAAGGCAAUUCACAGUUCAGUGUGGUGAUCUUUGAUGUGAGUGGCGCUGAGAUUACUAUCCAUGCAAAACUAACUUUGAGAAGCAGAACUCGGCAUCUGAACGCCAUAGGAAAAGGUCAUCCAGCUUUGAUCACAGUGGCUACAACACAAGGAGCAAGAAACAUAAGCUGGAAGAUCAAGAAGAAAUAAUUGAUGUAGAGGAUGACAAUGCAUUGAGCGAUGGUAAAUCGGGAAACAAGAUAGAUCUGGGCAAGAGAUUGAGAACUCAAGAAAGCAUGAGAGAGAGAAAGAUAGAUCUAGGCAAGGCCGUUGUUCCAAAAUGAAGAACACCUCGAGAAGAAAGCAAAGCGCUAUGGAAGCUGCCCAGAAUUUCAAACCAGAAAAUCCAUCUUUUACUGCAUUAAUAGGGCGAAGAAAUCUGACUCGUCGUUAUCUGGUGAGGAAUGUUUAUGAUUCUUUCUCACUCUGUUAU